CUCUGGUACAGUAGGCUGAUCUCAGAUCUCAGCGCUGCCUGACUCCGUUCGGGCUCACAUAGGUGGGCAUUCAUCAGCUCCACUUUCAAAAUCACUGCAAUGAACAGCAAUGAAUGCCGUUGUAGUGUCGCCGAGCACCUUUAAGGGAUUACGCGCGGACGGUGACCUUUGCGCGAAGGUACAAGAAGACCGCGGACGCCAGACACGGAGCGUCACCUGCGCGUCCGAUGCGUAAAAGCGCGCAAUGACAACAAAAAGCGCGCACUGCGGUUCCGCCGCGCUUAAUCUGAAUCUGGAAAUUAGGAUUAGGAGGUUGUUGGGUGAAGCGAAUCGCCCUCCUUUGUUCACGCGGAUGAGGUUCUGACGUGUUCCCGGGGGAUUUUCAGUCGCUGUACAAACGCUGGAGACACACAUACACGCGCUCUCAAUGCUGCUAUGACUUCCUGCAUGCGUUCAUACUGUGAUCUGAUUGCUCUUCGCAUGCUGCUGCUGCUGCUGCUGCUCGUGAGGUCCGAUUCGGCGGAUAACCGAUGCUUGUCUUCCCUCAUCUCCACAUGUGAAGACUGUUUGAGACGCGGCCCUGAAUGCGCUUGGUGCUCUCAGGAGAAGUUUCUGGACGGGGCUCAUGUAAGUCAGCGAUGCGGAUCUGUGUCUGACCUGCGAGUCCGGGGCUGUGAAGAGGCAUUCAUCGAGAGCCCAAAUGUGAAAGUGGAAGUAAACGCCACUAUCAGCAGCUCACAGGUGUCACCGAGAGAGAUUAACAUCCAUCUACGACCAGGCGGCGAGGCGAUGUUCGUGAUUGAGGUGCAGCAGUUGGAGCGCUAUCCUGUGGAUCUGUACUAUCUAGUGGACGUUUCGGCAUCCAUGCAGGAUAAUCUGGACCGGCUGAAGACCGCGGGCCUGGCUCUGUCUCAUCAGAUGAAGGAACACUCCAGCGACUUCAGAGUCGGCUUCGGCUCGUUUGUGGAUAAACCGGUUUCUCCGUACAUCGACGUGCACCCCUCCAAACUGCUGAACCCCUGCAGUGAUUAUGAGGUGCACUGCAGGCCCGCUCACGGCUACAUCCAUGUCCUCCCCGUGACCCAGAACAUGACGGAGUUCACGCGGGUCAUUCAGGAGCAGAGGAUCUCCGGGAACAUGGACACGCCUGAGGGAGGCUUUGACGCCAUGCUGCAGGCCGCCGUUUGCCAGAAAGACAUCGGAUGGCGACCCGAAGCGAAGCAUCUGCUGUUGGUUAUGACAGACCAGCCGUCUCAUCUGGCUUUGGACGGUAAACUGGCCGGUAUCGUGGUUCCUCAUGACGGCCGCUGCCACCUAGAGGAUAGCAUCUACUCCCAAACCACUACUAUGGAGCACCCAACAAUCGCUCAACUGGCUGAGAAACUUCUGGAGAACAGCGUUUACUCCAUCUUUGCGGUCGACCAGGUGCAAUAUCAGUGGUAUGAGGAUCUCCUGGACUUGAUUCCUGGAAGUUACGUGGGCCGCCUGUUUCCCAAAGCAUCUAAUCUAAAAGACUUAAUAGUGCAUGCCUACAAGAAGCUGCUGUCGGAUGUGGAGGUGCAGAUCGGGCUGGAGGACGCACAGGCUCAGCGCUUCCGGGUGAACGUCACGGCCUUCUGCCCCAACGGAUCCACUGUUUCUGGAAGCACGAAAUGUUCCAGCGUUCAGCCCAGACAAACAGAGAUUUUGCAUGCAAUGAAAGUUCAUGGACACGGCCAGUGUGUUUCAGGUGAAUGUGUGUGUCUUCCUGGCUGGACGGGUGAGACCUGUGACUGUCCCGUCUCCACCGAGAGCUGUGUGUCAGACGACGGCUUGAUUUGCAGCGGCUGGGGAAAGUGUGUGUGUGGCAAGUGUGUGUGUGACGACAGCCGGCGAUCUGGAGCCCUCUGUGAGAAAUGCCCCAUCUGCGACAGCUCCUGUCAAUCACACUGGAGCUGUGUGAACUGUCACCUGUCUAACGGACUCGGAUCAGACGCGUACCAGCUUUGUAAUCGCAGCUGCGCAGCUUCAUCGGUGGAGUAUGUGGACGACAUCACAGAGCUGGUCCGGGGGAAAUACUGCCUGUAUCCCAGCAGUGAGAAGUGUCAGCACCGCUUUCUCAUGGACUUGGCUUCAGAACGACCUCAGCUGCACAUUAGUCGGCAUCCUGUGUGUGUCUGGAGUCGGCGGUACUUUAAGACGUUCCUCAGCGCCUUCCUUCUGACCGUCACGCUGGGAAUCGGCAUGCUGGCCGCCGUCAGACAGCUGCUGAGAGCCAGAAACUGCUCGUGGCAGUCCAACCCUGAGCAACAGUUUGAGCGCAGCCCUAAGGACUCGUCAUACAUCCCCACGACCAACGAGAAGACGAUCCCGUACAGGAGCGACGGUCUCCCGAAUCAGCCGGUGGAGAUGCACUCACACAUGCCCAAGAUGCCCCUGAGCCACGCCUGGCAGUGAUGAGGGUCAAAGGUCGCUCUAGAAACGAAGCACUACCUGAAUGAAAGCAAUCUUUCUCUUUAAGCACUUACUUCACAAGAGCAAUAGCCUGUGUGGGUUUUCUGAGGCUGUUUUUCAUUCCUUUUCAUUCUGUUUCUAAUUUAUGAUGUUGAAUGGCAUUCAAUCUGGUCCUGAAGCCACACAGAAAGAGACGGUGCGGUUAAACCCGUACUGAUGUGGUUUAGCAGGCCAGUUUUCUGCUGAGGUACUGUUUGUCUGUGUCUGUGAGCGGAUGUUAGAGUGUGUUUGUGAUAUUUUUACUUGUCGUACAAAACACUACAGACUCUGGCUAUGUUCAGAAUAGCAUACUGUGCAUACUAUUUCUUCAGUAUACAUGCAAAAAAUACACCGAUGACGGCAAAGAGCACUGUCCCACAAUGCAAUGGGCUUGAUGCUUCCAGUACAAUGAUGCAACAUUUGGAAUUAAUAAUUGUAUUAUCAAUUAUUUAUAUUAUCAAUAAUUAAAUCCAAUUA